CUGAUAAUAAUUAUAUUCUCAUUUUAAUUUUUUAUUUAUUGUUAGUAACUCGGGCACAAAAUUGUUUAAAGUUCACUGUAACCUCUAAAGUUGAGGUUGAUAUUGCUCUUUAUUCAGGGUUGAGAUAAUAAUAUGGAAGUCGGUUGCGAAAAUUUAGACUUUAGUAGGUUAAUAAAUGUUAGAGGUAAUGUUGAUAAUAUAACACCUCACAAAAUAGCAGUUGUUGCUUUUAUUAGAGAAUAUGGUUUAUUAAAAAUAGAAGCGAAGACCAUGAUUAAUUGUACUAUGGCACCAAAAUACAGAAAAGACUUUUGUAUUCUAGCCCUAAAACUAAUUCAGUGCCCGGAUAUGGAAUUUAAGGAUUUAGAGACGCUUCUUACAGAUGGGCGGUAUAAUUUAUUAAGUGUACACUUAGAAAAUUUCUGUGUUCGUCUGAAAAAUAUACACGUUAAUGGGAUAAGUGCUUUGAUGGACUGUGUGACCUCAACUGUUGAUAAGUUAAUGAUUGAACAAAGUGAGACAAAUCCUUGUACUAUCACUCGAUCCAGUGUUUUAGGUUUUUACCUGAGGAGGAUUAUGUUGCAUUUGGAUAAACUUACUUUUGUACAAGUAGUUGCCCUGUAUAAAUCAUUUUGUUUGUACUAUCAAAAAGGUCGACCAGGUUUGAUGAUGAGAUCCUUAAGCAAAGAGAGGUUAAAUAAUAUGGAAUCAACAGUUGGAGUGCCAAGCAUAGGCUCACCUUCACUACCAGAAGAAUCAAAGCCACAAGAAGUUUUCACAAGAAUGAACUUAAUUGAAAGAGAGAAUAGCCUUGAAGAGUGUCGGUGGUCAAGGAAACAAGCAGAGUUAUUUACAGCUCAACAAGCUAAUUUAUUACAAAUUAAUGAGAGAAAAGCACUUCCCCCUAAACAACUACAAAAAACUAUAAUGCAAAUAAUGAACGAUAUUCCCGAGUAUUCGGACAUUCAUUUUCUGAGUUUUUUAAACUGCAUUAGAAUGAAGGAAUUUUGUGGGGCUCAAGACUCAUUAUACAAUUGUUUCGACAGAACUGUAUUUAAUAUAUGUGCCAAUUCAAAUAAUAUGAAUGAUAAAAAUAAAAAUUUUCGAUAUGCUGCUCUUAACAGAGCUGCGAUGCAUACACAGUUUGGACAUUUGUCUCUAGCGAUGGAGGGCGUGCAGGAGGCGCUGUGCGCGGCGCAGGAGGCGGCGGACGCGACGUGCCUGGCGCACGCGGCGGCGUGGGGCGCGCUGGCGGGCGGACGUGCUCGCCGCGCCGCGCUGCUCGCCCGCGUGCCCCGCGCUCCCCGCGUCGCCGCCGCCGCCGCGCAGCUCAUGGCGCAGCACGCCGCCGUCAAUGCCGCUAAACCCGCUGAAGUCUUUCAAAUUAUAACAAAAGGCGACUCCAUUAAUUAUCAUCAUUCAAUGACCGACUUGACGAUGGCCGGCUUAGCAAACACCGCAGCUCUGUGGUCCUUGUAUGGAAAAACUGAAAUGGCUUCUAUAAGUUGUCAACUUCUACUGAAUCUCAAUACGAGUAAGUUAAACAUUACAUUUGGGGAUUUACAUAUAUUUGAAAAACAUUUCCGUGUUUUAAUCUCAUCUGGCAUCGGUUUCAAAUUGUACAUGUGGCAAAAACUAAAAUUCGUCAAGUGUGAAGUGAAGAUGUGUGUUUGUAUAUCAGAGUGCACGGUGGGCGCGAGCAGCGUGUGGCAGUGGUCGGAGGCGUGCGCGGUGGCGGGCGCGGGCGCGGCGAGCGUGGCGGCGUGGCGCGGCGAGAGCGGGCUGGCGGCCGCGCUGCUCUCGCAUCUGCAGCAUCGCCCGCCCGCGCCGCUGCGCGCCGUCGCCGCGAGGCACCGCGCCGCCGCCGCACUCCUCGCCGGUAAAUGGCAAGAGGCGGAAUUGAAUAUACGUCAACUGGCAUCUUUGGAUCGAUGGGAAAGUCAGCUGCUGAAGGCCGAGAUGUAUUUUCUCAGAGGUGACGCAAUGGAUGCUUUGGAGACGCUGCAGGACAUACUGGACUACUGCAAAACUGAAGACGACAGUCUGCACUUCGCGCCGCUGCGGCUGAAGGCCAUGAUACUGAUGUCUCAGGUGCAGUUGUCCUACAGCGUGAGUCAGUCGACCAACAUAUUGCUGUUGAACGAGGCUCUGUCGUGGGCGAAGAAGUUCCACUUGCACUACCUGGCCGCCACCGUCGAGAUGCACAUCGCCAACGUGCAGCUGCACAUGGGAUGUGCUAAGAACGCCCUCGUGCUCGUCAGGAAAGUCUUACCGCUGAUAAUGGCGCACGGCAGUGCCUAUGACAUGGCAAGAGGAUUGUUGCUUUACACGAAAUGCCGCAUCGCGACUUCUCCUCCAUCUGGGGAAGCUCGGAUUCAAGUAUUUCAGUCCUGUUGUGAAGCCCUGGAGUCUGUCAAGGAGAACUUUUGUAAAAUUGGCGCACAAGUGAGGUUGCUACAAACAUGGUACAUACAGGCACAAUUGUAUAACGACGUGGGAAAUAUCGCUGCAAGAAAUCAGUGCGCCUGGAUGUACAGACAAUUGGAAACGCAAAAUCCCGUCGAUCUCUCGAAUAUGUUACAUAUUAUGUAUUAAAAAUAAUUACCUUUAUUAUUGGUUUUGUUUUU